UUCGCCACCGUGUCUCUUGCCUGGAUGGCCAAACGCCCAAUUUAAAUUCACAAGGCCACCGCGACGCGUCUCCCGCCCCGAGGAGCGCGGGGCUCCCGGGGCGCCGCGGGUGCGAUCCCCUCGUGAGAGGCGGACCCGCUGCUCCUUCCGGCUCACAGCGGUCCGUGACGCCGAGACGCGAGGCGGGCUGGGAAGAGUUAAACACGCCGGCGCCCUGCGGCACGGAACGCCCCUCCGAGGGCGAGCACAUCCCCCGGAACUCCGUCACUGCCGCGGCCGGGCGCGCCCGGCGGAGGGGAGGCGGCUGACGGCAUCAGGCGGCGCGGCGGGCCCGUGGCGCAUGGCCGUGCCGCGGGAGCCGCCCGCCGCCCCGGCGCCGCCGCCCGCCGCCGCCGCCGCCCCGUCGUUCGGCGCGGCCCGCGCGCUGCUGGCGCGCCGCCACUCGUGCCUGGUGGCGGGGCCGCGCCGGCGGCACGUGGCGCUGCCCCCGCGCUUCCUGGGCCGCAAGCGCUCCGGCAUCCGCGCGCAGCUGGACGCGGAGCUCCUGCGCUACUCCGAGAGCCUGCAGGGUGUGCCCGUGGCUUACGACAACAUCAAAGUGGUGGGGGAGCUCGGCGACAUCUACGACGACCAAGGAUUCAUCCACCUGGACGUCGAGGCGGACUUCAUCAUCUUCAGCCCCAAGAAAGGGAAGAAGCUGGUGGGCAUAAUUAAUAAAGUGGCCCCUAGUCACAUUGGCUGUCUGAUACAUGGAUGCUUCAAUGCAUCUAUCCCAAAGCCUGAACAAAUGUCCAUUGUACAGUGGCAAGAGCUGGGGUUAAAAAUAGGGGAUGAACUGAAAUUUCAAGUGUUGCACUUGGAUUCUGAUACAGCUGGGGUGUUCUUCAUUCGAGGAGGACUCACUAAAAGCAGCAUGCGGCCCAAAAGAUCUGCUGCAGUCACCGAAGGUACAAAUGGGCUUGAAAUUCAAAAGCUUGACCACCAGGAAAAUGGCCUGGAUAACUGUGGGGAAGAUAAUGUCACAGAAGAGCCUUUAAAAGACACAGGUGACCUUGGGAGGGAAAAUGAAGAAGAGACAAGUGUUAAUGCUUUGAAUGGAUUAUGUGAUGAUAAAAAGAAGAAGAAAAAGAAAAAGGACAAGGACAAGCAAGGAGAACAGGAACUUGUAUUGCCUACCAGUGACUCCAGUGGUUAUCAAAGUGGCCAUAAAAAGUCAAAGAAAAAGAAAAGAAAGCACUGUGAUGAAGUUGAAGAAAGUGAAUUAUCUCAGCUGUCAGAAAAACCCAAAGCAAAAAAGAAAAGGACUAAGGUCUGAAGGUUUCCUGCAUAAGAUUUCAGACGCUUUUGAUAAGUUUCAAUAAAACCCUGUUUUGAAAA